AUGAGUGAGCGAGGUUCGGAGAUUGUGUUUCGGGCGGAGAACAUUCCGAUCCGCUUCUUCAAAGCAUGCCGGUGGUGUCGCAGGCAGAAGAUGCGCUGUGAUGCGCGUACACAAGUACCAUGUUUUCGCUGUCGCUCAACUGGUCGUGACUGUAUUCUCGACCCUAUAGAAGACGCCAGACGACGCAGUGACCGCCGUAGGAAGACUGCGACGCCUGCCCGAUAUAGCGGCUCCGCAGUAACUUCGCCACUCGAUCAGCGAAGUGGGCUACAGACACCUGUAUCGAGGGAGCAAGAAUACUCCCCGAUCGCGGGAGGUGAUGCUAGCUUUGACGCAUCGAUUGAUUCUUUACCCGACUCAUCGGCGUUUGGAGACUUGCGCAGGUCUCAAACAGCUGAUCAUCAUGGGCCUGAAUCGCAGCAAUUAAGCCCUAAUGACAUGAUUGCUCCGGCGUCGGCAGUCCACUCCAUGUCUGUGAACCUCCUCGACAAUAACCAUAUCUUUCUAGAUAACUCUGCCAAGGGUGAUGGAAGAGGCGAUAUUAUUGCCCGUGGUAUCGUCAGCGAAGAAAAUGCUAGAGUAAUGUAUGAAAGAUUUGUUGGCGGAAGCAAGAACUUUCUGCCACUAUUUGACCCAAUACGUGAUACAUUUGACUCUAUAAGAUCACGUUCAUUGUUCUGUUUCACGGUGAUAAUCUAUCUUGCGAGUCGAGCCGUGAUGGACUUGCGCGGCGACACACAUAUGCAGCGCGUCUUGCAAGACGAAUCGCAGAGACUGGCGGAAGACAGCUUCUUCGAACGUCCCACCAAACUUGAAACUGUGCAAGCGAUGGUCCUUCUCGCCGCUUACUCGGAGAAAACAUGGUUCUCCACGGCGCUCAUUCUGCGCACUGCCUUGGACUCGGGAUUAGAGAAGUCGCUAGAUACGUUGCUAUCUCAAGAAACUCUCCCUCGCAGUUCACUUUCCGCCUCAAUGGAAGAACGUCAACUCGUGUGGGAGACCCGAACGUGGCUUAUUAGUUUUACGCUGGAACUGGACGUUGCCUCUGGGACCGGCCGCAAAUCCCGCAUUGGUGAGGUGGAUGUCAUGAAACUUCGAAGAUUUCUAGACUACCCUCUCUCUUUACCUUGUGAUAUGCGAACAGUUUGCAUUAUCGAGCUUCAUCAACUUCGAGGCCAUUCGCGUAUUGUUAUUGAUAACUCGAGCUCGGUUCGAGAAAUAGUUUCGACAGAAUUACCAGCUAUCAUGACGAAGCUACAGAAUUGGUGGACUACAUGGGACGAAAUUCACAAUAACAACGGUUUCCAUGCUGGAGCUUUCCAACGAAGCAGUCUGAAGCUUAUGCUGCUUUACGCAAGAAUUUUUGUUCUUUGUGCCUCUUUGGCGCGCAUUCAGAAAUUACAACCUGGUUCAUCCAAUUUCGAGUCAGAGGGAAUUGACCAAAAUGUCAUGGGACUAUGGCAAUCUUUAGUUGCAACAAUCAUGGACCAGCUGGCAUUCUUGAUUGGCGAGCCAGCCUAUCGUUGUCAAUUCCCAUGGGCACCAACCUACCCUGCAUUGACAGUCGCCUUUGUCACUACUUUCGCGCUUCGAAUCGCUCGCUGGCGUCCCAAUCUGAUUGAUCAAGAUCUUCUUCUCGAAAGAGCUGAAAAAAUCUGCGACUUUCUGAAACAGCCGCCAUAUCCUGAUAUCCACCGCACUGUCUCUAUCUUCGUUAAUUAUGCUCGCGCCCUCAUUGCUAGUCAGCGUCCCCUCAGCAAUGAUCGACAAAGCAAUGGCAGUACAGAGCCAACUCACAUGUCCGAACCAGGCGAUGGGCCCGUGCCUUCAUACAGGGGUCCAGACAGUCCCAUGCAGAAUGCCCCUCCUUUGGCACCACUCGAGGAUCCUCGAUACAGAGCCGGCACGGCCAUCCCAAGUGACAAAGAUACAAACUUGGUUCCAAUGCCAGGUAAUGAUGCAUCUGCAACAACCAGACCGCCUCUACCAAGGCUGCCUGACACGAUGGAUGCCCCUACCUGGACGGUCUCCAACUCGAUCGCAGACUCGUUUGGCCUUUUCGAGGAAGGCCAGAAUGAUAUCUUUGACUUUUUGCCUAUGAUGCCUUCUUUGCCUUAA